AUGUCUCGUGCACGUACUUCAGAUGAAAUUUGGUGGGCAAGAAUUUUGGAUAGAGUUGACGAAUUUUUACAUAAUUAUCCAAAAUUACCAAAACAACUGUUACCAGAAAGCAGCGACGAUAAAACUGGCAAAGUAUACAUAAUUGGUAUUGCUUCAGCUGUACGCGAGGAUGUUAUUUCCCGGCUUCAAGAUUUUUUCAAGGUUCCAAACGGUGGAGUUGUUGACGAUCCUCCCAUAAAAGUUUCUGUACAACCUCUUCACUACAAUCCUGAUGGAAGUGGGGUUCAAAUAGCUCCUGAUGUUGCUGUAUAUCCAGAUACAGCAUUUGUUCCAAGGCCCGCUUUUUCCACCGUAAUACCCCCUCCUCCCAGUGAUGUAAAUGGAAAUCCACAUGCGCGGAUAAUAUGUGAGGUAGCAGUAGGCCAAAGUGUUGGUUAUUUAAAACAAAAGUGCUUGACUUGGAUGCGCGAACAAUACGUUCGUGCGGUUAGUAGUAUUAAGAUUUUAAAACCAAGGCCAGGGAUUCGAGAACCUACUACUGGUUAUUUUUAUAGAACAAUGACGGCGAAACUUUAUCGUCAAAGAAUGGCAACACAAAGAUGGGAUUUUGGAAAUGUUAAAAAAAAUUCAAGAGAUCCUAUCCGUGAUCCUACUCCCUGUAAUGCACCAAAUUGA